GCCGCUCCGGGGCCAGUUUGCUCCUGGGAUUGGCUGGUGCGGUGGUUCCGUCGAGGCGUGGUAGGAAGUGGUAGCCGUCAAUCACGAGGGAGACUCCAAACAGUGAGCCUGGAGCUGUAGAACAGCGUUUACCGGCGGAGCGGCCGGUCUUAUGAAUGACACAAUGGCUACAGACUCUCCUAGAAGACCCAGUCGCUGUACUGGUGGAGUUGUGGUUCGCCCUCAGGCUGUCACGGAGCAGUCCUACAUGGAGAGUGUCGUGACUUUUCUGCAGGAUGUUGUGCCGCAGGCUUACAGCGGGACUCCCCUAACAGAAGAAAAGGAGAAGAUAGUCUGGGUCAGGUUUGAGAACGCAGAUCUGAACGAUACAUCACGGAAUCUAGAAUUUCAUGAACUGCAUAGCACUGGAAAUGAGCCCCCUCUGCUGGUUAUGAUCGGCUACAGUGAUGGAAUGCAAGUCUGGGGCAUCCCUAUCAGCGGGGAAGCCCAGGAGCUCUUUUCUGUUCGACACGGCCCAGUCCGAGCUGCUAGAAUCUUGCCUGCUCCACAGUUGGGUGCUCAAAAGUGUGAUAACUUUGCUGAGAAAAGACCCCUUCUUGGUGUUUGUAAGAGCAUUGGAUCUUCAGGUACGACACCACCGUACUGCUGUGUGGAUCUGUACUCACUCCGAACUGGGGAAAUGGUGAAGUCCAUUCAGUUCAAAACACCGAUUUAUGAUCUUCAUUGCAACAAACGGAUCCUGGUCGUAGUCUUGCAGGAGAAAAUCGCUGCCUUUGAUAGCUGUACUUUCACAAAAAAAUUUUUUGUCACAAGUUGUUAUCCUUGUCCUGGGCCAAACAUGAAUCCGAUUGCUCUUGGGAGCCGCUGGCUUGCUUAUGCAGAAAACAAGUUGAUUCGAUGUCAUCAGUCUCGUGGUGGAGCCUGUGGAGACAACAUUCAGUCUUACACUGCCACAGUCAUUAGUGCUGCUAAAACAUUGAAAAGUGGCCUGACGAUGGUUGGGAAAGUGGUGACUCAGCUGACAGGCACAUUGCCCUCCGGGGUGACAGAAGAUGAUGUUGCCAUCCACAGCAACUCGAGACGGAGCCCUUUGGUGCCAGGCAUCAUCACAGUCAUAGAUACUGAGACAGUUGGAGAGGGCCAGGUGCUUGUGAGUGAGGACUCAGACAGUGAUGGCAUUGUGGCCCACUUCCCUGCCCACGAGAAGCCAGUAUGCUGCAUGGCUUUUAAUACUAGUGGAAUGCUUUUAGUCACAACAGACACUCUUGGCCAUGACUUUCAUGUCUUCCAAAUCCUGACUCAUCCUUGGUCAUCAUCACAAAGUGCUGUCCAUCAUCUGUAUACUCUUCACAGGGGAGAAACUGAAGCCAAAGUUCAGGAUAUCUGUUUCAGCCAUGAUUGUCGCUGGGUUGUGGUCAGUACUCUCCGGGGUACUUCCCACGUUUUCCCCAUCAACCCUUACGGUGGCCAGCCUUGUGUCCGCACACACAUGUCACCACGAGUAGUGAAUCGCAUGAGCCGUUUCCAGAAAAGUGCUGGGCUGGAAGAGAUUGAGCAGGAACUGACGUCUAAGCAAGGCGGCCGCUGUAGUCCUGUGCCAGGCCUGUCCAGCAGCCCUUCCGGCUCCCCCCUGCAUGGGAAGCUAAACAGCCAAGAUUCUUACAAUAACUUCACCAACAACAACCCUGGGAACCCCCGGCUUUCUCCUCUCCCCAGCCUGAUGGUAGUGACGCCUCUUGCACAAAUCAAACAGCCAAUGACAUUGGGCACCAUCACCAAACGAACAGGGCCUUAUCUCUUUGGAGCGGGGUGUUUUUCCAUAAAAGCUCCAUGCAAAGUUAAGCCACCUCCACAAAUUUCUCCAAGCAAAUCGAUGGGUGGCGAGUUUUGCGUUGCUGCAGUGUUUGGGACUUCCAGGUCGUGGUUUGCAAACAACGCAGGUCUGAAACGAGAAAAAGACCAGUCCAAACAAGUGGUAGUUGAAUCCCUUUACAUCAUCAGUUGCUACGGGACAUUAGUGGAACACAUGAUUGAGCCCCGACCGCUCAGUACUGCUCCCAAGAUAAGUGACGAUACACCACUGGAGAUGAUGACGUCACCCCGUGCCAGCUGGACACUCGUUAGAACGCCUCAGUGGAACGAAUUGCAGCCACCCUUUAACGCCAAUCACCCCCUGCUCCUGGCUGCAGAAGCAGUGCACUAUUACCAGCUCCUGCUUGCUGGCUCGAUCCCCCCUGGAAGUCCUGGCCCCAUCACUCGGCAUGGGUCCUAUGACAGUUUAGCCUCUGACCAUAGUGGACAGGAAGAUGAAGAAUGGCUUUCCCAGGUUGAAAUUGUGACGCACACUGGACCCCACAGACGCCUUUGGAUGGGUCCCCAGUUCCAGUUUAAAACCAUCCACCCCUCAGGCCAAACCACGGUCAUAUCAUCUAGUUCGUCUGUGUUGCAAUCUCACGGACCGAGUGACACACCACAGCCACUCUUGGAUUUCGAUACAGAUGAUCUGGAUCUCAACAGUCUCAGGAUCCAGCCGGUCCGCUCUGACCCAGUCAGCAUGCCAGGGUCAUCUCGUCCAGUCUCUGAUCGAAGGGGAGUUUCCACAGGGAUUGAUGCCGCCUCAGGUACCUUUGACCGGAGCGUGACCCUGCUGGAGGUGUGUGGGAGCUGGCCUGAGGGCUUUGGGCUGCGGCACAUGGCCUCCAUGGAGCACACAGACGAGGGCCUCCGGGAACGGCUUGCAGAUGCCAUGGCGGAGUCACCAAGCCGAGAUGUUGUAGGAUCUGGAACAGACACAGCCCUUGACGUAGCAGUCAAAAACAGCACCCCUGAGAGACACAUGGCUAUGAAGUGUUUGGGGAAAAAAAAAGGAAAAAAAAAACAAUGCCAACAGCCCAGCGUCCGUGAACAACCCAACAGUAACAAAGCAUGCGUUCGGGAUGGAGGAAGAACUUCAGCGAGAGGGAAGCAUCGAGACUCUGAGUAACAGCUCAGGCUCCACCAGUGGCAGCAUCCCAAGAAACUUCGAUGGCUACCGAUCUCCGCUCCCUACCAACGACAGCCAGCCGCUCAGCCUCUUCCCCACUGGCUUCCCAUAGCCACCAGCCACCUGCUUCUGACUGGCUGGCUUGCUCACCCUCUAGAGGGACAGGGAGAAGCACCCCGCUCCCUGCACGCCUCUGGUCCUACCCUUCUCAGUCAGUCUCUGUUCCUCUUUCAUCAACUCCACCUCCCCUAAGCUUAGUGACAACAGCCGCUCAUCCUAUCUGGACGAGAAGAGACCUCCAGAACACCUCGGCACACCCUGACCUCUGCCACUCCUGUCAUUGGGGGCUGUGGCCAAAAGAGACUGCAGAAAUUCAGUCCCUUCUCUCUUUGCACAUAAUGUCCCGCAUCGGAUCCGCUUUUGUAUUUUUUAACUGUACCCACAGGGGGACUGGAACAGUGGCCAGAUCUUAGGGCUUGGGUGGGGAGAAGUUGAAUGGUCCAGCCAGGCAUUCAGGUGGACAAUGUCAGCACUAGCCCACUUCAGGCUGUGAUGGGCACUGCCCCUCCCCCCCCCCCCAGGUAUCCCUGCUCGGUUCCCUCUAAGACAGGAGUGAACUGAAGCCCGGAGUGAUAGGGAAGGAAGAAAGAAAGAGGCUCCCUUUGGUCCUUGCUUCCCUGUUGGCUCAUGGGGAGAAAUUGUCUGUCUUAUCUUUAAGCCCUUGUACCCUGGUCCUGUACUGUUCGGUGAAGGAAACCGUGGUUACUGAGGCCAUGUCGAAAGUGCACGUCUUGUUCAAUAAAUCACGCUGCAAUUGGUGUCCA